AUUGUCAUUUCAAAAUAAACAAUUCAUAAAUUGRUAAUUAGUUUAAUUCAUUCCAGUAUUUUUUAUUCAGUGAUGACUAUUUAUCAUUUAUAUAUUUUUGAUAAAUUCGGCACUAUGUUGUAUUAUGCCGAAUGGAACCGCACAAAAAAAUCUGGUGUUAGCAGAGAAGAGGAAGCGAAACUAACUUAUGGCAUGCUUUUCUCAAUAAAAUCUUUUGUCAGUAAAAUAUCUCCACAUGAUCCCCGCGAAGGAUUUCUUUACUACAAAACGAACAGAUAUGCGCUGCACUACAUGGAAACACCUUCUGGCCUAAAGUUUGUGCUGUAUACAGACACUGCCGCGUUGAAYGUGAAAGAGCUCUUGCAGCAGUUGUAUAGCAAAAUUUGGGUAGAAUAUGUCGUACGUGAUCCACUUUGGAAUCCAGGCACACCUGUAACAUCGGAGCUAUUUCAAACGAAGUUAGAUGAAUUUAUAAAACAAUCGGCAUUAUAUGGCAUACGCAAUAUAUAAGACAUCAUAAUCAUUAGUGCAAAUUUUCUUUAUUUAAACAAUUACGUUUCGUUGGGUGGGUGCACAUUAACUCAAUAUAUGUAUUUAUGUAAUUAAAUAUUUCUUAAUUUAAUACAAAAUA